UUUGCCAACAUGGAGAAAUAUGUGAAUUUGUUUAAAAGACAUGUGAUCAAUUUCAAGUUGGAACUAUGUUGCUUCAUGGCGCCAGUGAAAUCUGGGCUGCUGGCGUUCGCUUGUUUACAUAUUGUGAUUGGUGUAUCAACACUGAUGUUUUUCGCAGAAGAGAGUUUCGAACCCCUACUGCUCAAGGUCCUAAACGGCAUUUCAGAGGAGCCUCCUAAUUACGGACCUUCGUGCAUGAUUGUAUACGCUGUCGAACUUGGCUCUAAUGUAGUGCUGUUGUGCGGUAUAAUACGGAACGACCUCAUACUGCUUCGUGUCUACAUGUACUUCGCCUUCGGAGUCCUAACGGCUGCGCUUAUGGCUUACACCGUGAUGUUUGGUCCUCAGGAACUAACCGUGAAGUUCCUCAUAGCCGCCAGUAUUGGACACCAAAUCUACAUCCUCCUGUUACUGCGUAGCGCAAUGAUCGAAAUAAAACAGGCUUUAAAACAGAACGAGAACGAUUACUCGGUCAGAUAUCGAAAAACCAGCGCUAGAUAUGUACCGGGCACAAGAGAUAGGUACAGUGUUGUUAUCGAACCUUACAGACGACGCUCCGCUAAUCCUUAUGACAGAGAGCCUUAUAGAAGAAGCAGCUCGUUGGUUCCUUUUGGUAGAGAACCAUACAGAAGUUCAUUAGCACCUUAUAAAGAAGAACCGAGACGGGAAAGUUCAGUACCUUCUGCAGACCAAGAAAAUGUAAUAGCCGAGGAAGAAAGGGCAACGGUUAUAGCACAUUCGCAAGCGAAGGAAGAGAUCGCUAAGGAAGUUGCCGAUAAGGAAGAGGCACAUUCGCCAGCGAAGGAAGAGAUCGCUAAGGAAGUUGUUGAUAAGGAAGAGACGGCUAAAGAAGUGAAGGGGAAAGAGGAGAAGGGAAAGGAAGUGAAACGUAAGCGUAGCUUCUUUGGGAGGAAAGGGAAGGUGAAAAAAGACGAAACUCAGAAUGUGACAAACGUUGAUUGAAUGAUGUGCUUGUUUGAUAAAAUGUAUCACUGUUAUAAAUCUAAAUAAGGUCGAACUUAAAUCUAGGUAGCUUGUGAUGAAGUGACUGGUUUA